AUGCUUAUGUAUUCAAUUAUAUUUGCUUCGAUUUUCCAUUAUACGAUUAUUUCUCAAGCAGUUCAAUGGCCUGCGCCAUAUCCUAUAGAAGUCAGGAGACAAUGCAGUGGUGCCACGGGGAGGAUAAUGUGUAAUGGGAAACCGUCUUCCCUUACAAAAAUCAGACUAUACGAUGAAGACCGCUCAGUUAAAUACAUGGAUGGUGCUGAUUUAAUGGAAGAAACUCUUUCUAAUGCGACUGGGUAUUUCACGAUCCAUGGCUGUUUGCUUGAGAUAUUAGAUAUUAUCCCUAGAAUUGACGUUUACCAUUCUUGUAACCUAAAACCUAUGGAAUGUCCACGCAUUCGACAGGAAUAUAUACCAUACCGUUACAUACAUUCUCCAUCAACGGAAAAGCAAUUUUACAAUUUUGGAGAAAUCGACGUUACUGAGCAGUCAGGGAAAGAAAACAAAGAAUGUAUACUGCACUCAGAAAAUGGACACUUCUUCUAA